CGUUGUAAGAUUGUCAGAGAGACGGGACAACUUUCCAGACUGAACACAGAGAUCUCCUUGUCUAUCAGACUUUUUGGGGGUUUAGAUGAGACGUCAUUGUUUCAUUUCCGCGUAAUUGGUGUAUUUGUGAACCUUCGCUCCAUUCCCAACCCACGGAUGAGCUCUCUGGAGGAAAGAUGUUGGAUUCAAAGGAUUCGAGAUUAACGAUGACGCCCAAUCACAAGAUUUCCUUCUCUAUAGUAGAUAUAUUGGAUCCGAAGAAGUUUAAUAGUAAGAGGGAGAGAGAACUUUGCGUCGUGAAGGAGACGUACCCUGCGCUCAACGGUGAUGGAGCAAGUUUGGAGUUGGACGCUUGCGAAGAGGGACAACACCAAGUUGAGCACUCCAAAACCGGAGAGAGAGCUGGACUCCCUGCCCGGUCAGAGGCGGACCCGCUGGUGCUACUGUCCCAAUCGAGUGAACCCGCAGAGCCGAAUCUCUUCGAGGAACAGGGGGACGAGGCAGACGGAGAGAGUUGCGGUAGCAGCCCCGAGACGGAAGCGGGUCAUGACCCCUCACACCUUAAGCGUCGACGCUCGGACCAGCUCUGCGCCAACAAGCCCAGACGCGCCAGAACCGCGUUUACGUACGAACAACUGGUGGCGCUGGAAAACAAAUUCCGAGCCACCCGCUACUUGUCCGUGUGCGAGAGACUGAACCUGGCCCUAUCCUUGAGUCUGACCGAGACCCAGGUUAAAAUCUGGUUCCAGAACCGAAGAACCAAGUGGAAAAAGCAGAACCCCGGGGCGGACAGCACCCUGCAGCCCAGCGCUCUCAGCGUUGGUAACGGGGCUCCUAGUUGUGGAGCGAGGACUGCCAACUACCACCAAACUUACCCGGCCUUCAGCUCUGGGAAUAUGAUGUUUCACACGGCCGGGACUGUUCCUCUUUCGUCCACUGGAGGGCUCUUGCAUCCUUUUAUACCUAGCUUCCUUCAACCACAAUACUUUGCUCCACAUUUAUGAAAAAAAACGUAUAAACUGGUGACACACUGUACAAUUGGAAAUACAAUUAGCUGAACUAAUUGAAUGGACACAAAAGUACACUACACUGUAUAUAGCUGUAUAUGGAAAUGGAUGGAUGGAAAAGGAUGGACAUAUUAUAUUCAUUAUGCCAGAAUUUGGACUGGGCCACGUGAAGAUAACUGCUAUUCAUUCAUUCAUCAUUGUGUCCUCAAAGGAUUAUUCUGGUAAUUCUGGUCAAAUGUAUGAACAUAUGCCUACAUCUUUUCCACAGAGGUCAAGGUUCUUGAGAGCAAAGGACAAAGUCAAGAGACUAUCUUCUAACUGUUUUGCAAUGUAUUUUUGUGACACAGGAAAGCAGAGGUGCUGUACGUCAUUGUGUUCACUGAGCAGAACCAACUGUUUAAUAUAAUCUAUACUCUCCCCUCACAAGUCACAUUUGAUCCUGCAACCGCCCAACACUAUGUAUCCCAACAGCGCAUGAGUAGCUAAUUUAUUUGUCCAUUUUAUUUUAUUUUGCAUUUAAUAAAGAGUGUUAAUUAAAGACCUUAAUGUAAAACCUUCUGUGUUGUUUAUAAAUAUGUUUG